UUAAUGACUCAAUUCAGUAUGAUGAUACAAACAACAUUGUACUAGUGAUCAAUUUCCAACCAUGCAAGACUCUCCAUUGCGAAUUUACUCUCAGUUGCAAACUAAAUUAUCAGCACACCAUUGGAUUAACUUUUCACUCACAUUUUUCAGUGUUGCGGCCGUGACCUCGGUGUGGAAGACGUUGGCCAAUGUGAAGCCCUCUCUGGUGGAAGAAUGGACCCAACUGCCCCAGGACAACAUCAGACCCUCUAGUACUUGGUACUCUUACGGCUACUUCUAUGGGUCUGACAGUGCCAACCUGUUCCUCGGAGGACUCGACUCGUCCUUCCUCUUUCUCAACACCCUAGGACUGUUCCUGAUUGGACCACUGGGAGACAAGCUGAAGUCGUAUCGAAAGUGGAUGCUGGUCGCAGCUAUGGCUUCAUCAGUAGUUUUCACGUGUCUGUUUGGAACACUGCCGGACCAGCUCUCCUUCUUCAACCCAGUGUACAUGGUGUGUCUGUGGGCCAUUAAUGGACUAGCACAGUCCCCUGUCAUCCCCCUCACUAUGGCCAUGCAGGCUAACUGGUUCGGAAAACACAGGAGGGGAAUGGUGUUUGGUAUCUGGAGUACUAAUCUGUCAGUGGGAAACAUUAUGAGCAACUUAAUGUGUCUGUGGUCUCUGCAGUAUGGCUACAGCUACUGCUUCACAGUGAACAACUUCAUCCUCGCCACUGCCCUCAUCUGGGUCAUCUCCGGGCUCACCCAGACUCCGGAACAACUGGGUCUGGAUCCGGUGGUGGAGUUCGAUCAGAAGGACAUUGAGGAGAACGAAGAGCAGCACAGCAGCCACGCAGACCCCGACAGAGAAAAUCUAUUGGACAACUUGCUCUUCAUAAACGGAGGGGCUUCCUCGCCAUCCGGUGGAGGGUCUCUGGCUGCUUCUGGGGAGCACUCUGGAAUCUACAGUGGGACUGGGUUUGCCAUCCAGACUCAGGCGUGGAGGAAGAGAGCAAUCAAACUAAAGGAGGCCUGGGAGUUCCCCGGAGUGGGAGAGUUCACACUUGCAUACACAGCAGUGAAGGUGGUGAUCUAUUCUUUGAAUCUGUGGCUGCCAUAUUACAUCACACAGAUAUAUGACACCAGCAAUCUCAUCGCUAUCAGAUACGCCGCAUUCUUCGACCUAGGAUCCAUAGCAGGUGGGAUUUGCCUGGGUCUGAUUGUGGAUCGACUGCACUACAAGUCUCUUCUGUUAUCCACAGGCAUCAUCACAUCCGCCUUCGUCUGUUUCAUAUUCUGCAAAUUUGCCGAGUCUCAGUUUGUAGUAGCUGUCCUUCUCACGCUCAUAGGUAAGAGUGACUGA